AGCUAUUGAAAUAAGUACUAUAACUGUCUAGAGCUUGACAAAGUUCUAAAGUAGCUCCGAUUGCACUAGUUGUUUUCCUCAAUCCAGAGAUCACAGGUUCGAUCCCUAACAGUUCCAUUUUUCUCCGCCGCGAUAUCUUUUGCCUUCCGACCGAAAUUCCACCGCCAUGGAUCACGACGACCCUCCGGCCAAUCGCAAGAAGCUGAAGUUCGCCCCCAAGUCCGCUUCCCAGAGGAAGCCCCGCCUCUCCGCCCCCAAACCCUACGAUGGCAGCAACGAAGACGAAGCUGCGAAAGCUCAGAAGCUGAUGACCAGAUUCAACGAGAAUAUCAAGAGACGGGCUACUAGAGCUGACAAGAAAGCUGCUCCAGUUGAAGUGACAUUUGGUUCUGGAGCUUCAAGGUCGCUAUCGACUAGGAAAUUUGGUUUCCCUAAGGCGGAGACUAGCAAUGCCAAGGCAUCAGCAGCUGGAUGGGAUUCGGAUCCUGAUGCUAUGCAAAUCGAUGGUAAGGAUGAAGGAGGAGGUCAUGGUGCUGUUCAUCCUAUUCGUCAGCGAACCAGGAAGAAGUAUAAAGAACCAUUUGACUAUGAGAGUUACUAUCCUAUUACUCUUCCUCUGAGGCAGCCUUUCUCCGGUGAACCAGAUGUUCUUAACGAGGAAGAGUUUGGGAAGGCUGCAAUGAACUCGGAGUACGAUGAGAACUCCAUCAAACAUGCUGCAGAACUUGGUUUAUCGGAGAAAUCUGAUGAAGCAAAGAUGCUUCUCUUCAAGUUCCCUCCCAAGAUGCCCUACAUUAACCGGUCAAUUAGUAGCACAAAAGGGAAAGAAAAGGUUGGAAGUAUCAGGAACAGCAGCAGCUCAAGCCAAUCACAGAGCUCCAACUGUCUAUCACAGUUGCCUGAGGGAUACAUGGGCAAAAUGGUGGUCUACAAGAGUGGAGCUGUCAAGUUUAAGAUAGGAGACGUUCUGUACGAUGUUGCACAAGGUUCAGAUUGCACAUUCCAUCAACAAGUCAUGGCAGUCAACACCGAGACAAAACAAUGUAGUGAUCUCGGGGAGAUUGAAAAACAUGCUGUCGUGUCUUUCGAUGUAGGUUCGAUCUUGGAUUCUGUGAUUAACUUGGAUUAGAUAGAGUUUGCCCAGAGUUGUUUGUUUGUACAGUUAGCAAUGUAUGUGCAGAGCGUUAUUGGUGACAGCGAAUGUAACACAACCCAGUAUUAGAUUAGUGUGGCAGAACAGAACACUAGCAAACAGCCAUAAAUUUUGCUAUCCUUUGCAUCCUUCUGUGGGUAAUAUAGGCUCUGAUGAGUUUCAUAUAUCAAUGUCAGCUCUCAGUAACAAUGUUCCAAUAAUUCCUUAGAUAAAACGGCAGUGGACCA